UAUACUUAUUACAACAUCAACCCUUAAUAUACUCUCUUUAUAUCUUAUACAAUUCCUCUUCUUUUCCUUUGCGCUCUUCCUUUUCUUUCUUUCCAUUGCCAUUUUGAUUUAUUAGGGUUAAGGGGGUAAUUAGUUGUACUGGAGGCAAUGAGGAAACCGUGCUGUGAUAAGCAAGACACGAAUAAAGGGGCAUGGUCCAAGCAAGAGGAUGAGAAGCUCAUAAAUUACAUUCAGAAACAUGGCGAAGGUUGCUGGCGAACUCUCCCCCAGGCUGCAGGCCUUCUUCGCUGUGGUAAAAGUUGUAGGCUGAGAUGGAUAAACUAUCUAAGGCCUGACCUUAAAAGAGGCAACUUUGCUGAAGACGAAGAGGAUCUCAUUAUCAAGCUUCAUGCACUCUUAGGCAACCGGUGGUCCUUGAUAGCUGGAAGAUUGCCUGGACGAACGGACAAUGAAGUGAAGAAUUAUUGGAACUCUCAUUUGAGAAGGAAGCUUAUGAACAUGGGUAUUGAUCCAAAUAACCAUCGGUUGAGCAUCACUAUGCUUCCUCGCCCUCAAAGUCCACAUAAAUAUUCCAAUACCAGUGCAACUUCAUCUGGUUCUAAAGUCCCAGCAGCUAACAAGAAGAAUCCAGCAGUGAAAUCGCGAUGCGACAAUGAUCAAGUUUCUGAUGCUGCAAGUUGCUUGGAGGAUGAGCCAUAUGGUGAGCUUAUCCCUGAUCUGAACCUGAACCUAGAUCUCACCAUCAGUACUUCAGCUCCUAAUUCCGUUGCUAAAGUUGAAGAGGAACAAAACCACAAAGAGUGCAACAUAUCAAAGGACCUGGAAUUCUCCCCAUCUCCCACACUUGUUCUCUUUCAGUAGUCGAUUUGCUUGUCCAAAGGGAGAUAUAAUUUGACAAAUUAAAACCCUUAACUAGUUAGGCUGGGUUAGGUUGAUGAAUUGGAUAUAGGUCCACAUUAUCUAAAUCUUAGUCAUCUCUCCAAGGCAUGUGGAAAACCGAAGAAAAAAAGGGUGAUGAAAGCUGGAAGCGACAGCUAUUGGAGAUAAUUAAUAAUUAUUCCAAAAAGGAAGGGAAAAUAGAUACAGAUGAACACUUUUGAAACUGAACGCAGUGCUUGGAAUCCCUAAAACUACCUAGGCAUGAUGGUGCAUACACACAUUGGGGAGAGAUUCAAAAGGUGAGUAAUCACCGAGCUAACUGGGUAAUAUUGUUUCCUUGUAAAUAAGCUGUACACUAAUAUAAAAUCCAUUACAUCAACAUACAUGCAUGUAGCAAUAAUUAAGCGGCGUAUGUAUGUGCUUUAAACCUGAUAGAUCUGAGAAUGAUCUAAUUUUAUAAUUUAA